AUGCCGCCCGCCCCGCCUGACGACCCACCGAUCGUUAAUAUUCAUACCGACGGUUCGUGUCUGGGCAACCCCGGCCCCGGUGGUUACGGAGUCGUGCUGGACUACAACGGCCGGCGCAAGCAAUUUUCGGCCGGCUACGCGCUGACUACCAACAACCGCAUGGAGUUGCUGGCGGCCAUCGUCGGCCUGGAGGCGUUGCAUCGGCCCUGCAAAGUGGUUUUGCACUCGGAUUCCCGCUACGUGGUGGACGCCAUCAGCAAGGGUUGGGCAACCCGCUGGCGCCAUAACGGCUGGAUGCGAAACAAAAAGGAUGCGGCAGUAAAUCCCGACCUGUGGCAACGCCUGCUCGACGCUUGCGAGCAACACUCGGUGGAAUUCAGGUGGGUGCGGGGGCACAGCGGCAACGCCGAUAACGAACUGUGCGACCAGUUGGCCAGGGCCGCCGCCGAGUCGUCAGACCUUCUGCCCGACCCCGGCUACGGUAUCAAUCACUAG